AUGCGUAACUAAUUUUUUUUUAAUUUUUUUAUAAAUUUUUUAAAUAAGACAUACGGUCAAACAUUAGAAACGGAUAUCUAUGACUCGCUUAUUUUGGGACGGAGUUAGAAUAUAAUAAUAUGCGUACAUGAAAAUAAGCCAAAAAAGGGGCUGCCCGUCCUUGGAAUUCCGGGGAGAAAACUGUUAACUUCACGUCAACCUAGGCUGGAUCGCACGCCACGUUUCUGCUCCUACUAAAACCGUACGGCUGUAUGAGUAUAGCGCAAAACUAGCCCCACCUACCUACCCAGCCAGCAAGAACGAGACGUGGCCGGCGCCCGAACCCGCCGGAGCAAUGGAGCUGCUGACCACGGCGCCGAUGCUGAACUGCGCCGCCAAGAGGGCGGGCGGGUCCGCCCUGGGCCCGCUGGCCGACGCGCUGGGCAGCUGGAUCGCCCGCGCCGUGGUGCCGCCGCCGCCGCCGCCGCGGAUCUGCGGGUCGCCCGGUGGGCCGCCCGUGGCGGCGCCCCGGGUGCGGCUGAGGGACGGGAGGCACCUGGCGUACGCGGAGUCCGGCGUGCGGAAGGAGGACGCGCGGUACAAGGUCGUCUUCUCCCACGGGUUCACCGGCUCCCGCCUCGACUCCGUCCGCCCCUCGCCGGAGGUGGCUGAGGAGUUGGGCGUGUACAUGGUAGGCUUUGAUCGCGCUGGAUAUGGUGAGAGUGAUCCAAACCCCAAUCGGUCUGUGAAGAGCGCUGCCCUCGAUGUUGAGGAGCUUGCGGACGCUCUAGGAUUAGGCCCCAAGUUCUAUGUGAUCGGUAUCUCCCUCGGCUGCCAUGCUGUUUGGGGCGCCCUCAAGUACAUCCCAGAAAGGAUUGCUGGAGCGGCCAUGAUGGCACCGGUGGUGAACUACUGGUGGCCGGGGUUCCCUACCGAUCUGGCUGCCGAGGUGUACAACAAGCAGGAAGUGGGUGACCAGUGGGCGCUGCGUGUUUCACACCAUGCACCCAGCAUCCUCCACUGGUGGAUGGAGCAGAGCUGGCUUCCCACCUCCACCGUCGUGGCUGGCACCACUCCCCUCCCCAACAAGCGUGAUGCCGAGAUCCGCAAAAAUAUGAAGGCGGAUGGCUCGUUCCAGAAGAAAAUGGACUUGGCGACACAACAAGGCAUUCAUGAGUCGUACUACCGUGACAUGAUGGUGAUGUUCGGCAAGUGGGAGUUUGACCCGAUGAGCUUGCCGAAGCCGCCAUGCCCUGUGCAUAUCUGGCAGGGCGACGAGGACGGGCUUGUGCCGGUGGUGUUGCAGAGAUACCUCGUUAGCCGGCUCAGCUGGGCGAACUACCAUGAGCUCCCCGGAACCGGGCACUUCCUGUCUGCGGUUCCCGGGCUUGGAGACACCGUUCUUAGGACCAUUUUCGGUUGAGUAUAUGUAGCAGUCAGAAGAAGCAACAGUUCAGAAUGCUGAUACUAAGUUAUAGUGUCCCACCCGGUACAUUACUUCGUUUAAAUGGUAAGGCUGUUCGUUACUCGCUGAUUAGCGAUGAUGAUGAUAUAGAUGAAAGGGCAGUGUAAAAUGAGCUGCUCUGUUUUUUUUUUGUUUUUUUGGUGUAAAAUGGCGUGGCCCAGAUGCUACCCAAAAAUGUUCUUUGACCUUGGAAAGAAAGUGAUAGUAUUAUACAAUGUGGACUCUUUUGUUUCGUA